GGAACGAUUGUGUGGCUGUUUUCGUGCAGGAGAAAUUGUGUCGCGACGAUUGCUUUAGUAACGCGGUGGUCAAUUUUUAGAUUAGUUUAGGGCCGCAUUUUGGUUACCUCCGUAAGGUGGCAAUUAAGUAGAUUAUUUUGCUUCAGCUAGCAUCCGUUUUUUCGUGAUUCGUGUCACUUUCGGCCGGUACCUGCUUCUGUUCUCAAUAAUUAACUGUUCCACUGCUGUUGUGCACCUCUAGGUAUAGGUAGUAAUGAGUUCCACGACGACACCGACAAUUUGCAAAGAUCUGGAUGGUGACGAUCGCUGGUUGAGCAUACACAAAAGGUUCGUGCAGGAAUGCAAGGAAAAGGAUCCGGACGUGAUGUUCAUCGGUGAUGGCAUCCUGGAGUCGUUGCAAUUUACCGACUACUGGAACAGCCACUUUGUGCCGAUGCAUUGUCUGAACUUUAGUAUAAGAUCCGACUGUACGCAAAAUGUGCUCUGGCGGCUGCAGAACGGAGAGCUGGAGAGCGUUAAACCGAAGGUGAUUGUGCUGCACGUCGGAACCAACAACAUCGGUGAUAAGGCGGAAGAGGUAGCGGAAGGAGUGCUGCAAAUUGUUGCUACAAUUCGCGGCAAACUGCCAGACGUGUAUAUAGUUAUUCCGACUUUGCUUCCUCGAGGGCAUCAGCCGAAUGCAUUGCGCGACAAAAACGCCACGGUGAACCGUUUGCUGAAGGAACGAUGCGUCGGCAUGAACAAGGUUCAGAUGGUAUGCGUCGACGGCGGCCUAAUACAAAGUGAUGGCACCAUAAGCCAUCACGAUAUGUUUGACUAUCUCAAUCUGACCAAUGUCGGAUGCAAAAAAGUGUUCGAGCCGGUGUGGGACCUGCUGCACCAGAUACUGACCGAAAACGAAAAGGAGCGCGACCUUACGCCGUCGGAAUAAUUGCGAGCGCUCGGAGGACAGUACAUACGUACAUUUGGCUACUCAUAUUCAUUAAUAUUAGGUUUGAUAUUGUUUUGUUCUAUUUAUUUCAAUUGUUUGCGGUAAAAAACAUAACAUUCCUUCUGCUUAGUACAGAAAGCUGUUUUAUAAGCAAGUUCUAGGUAUCCCACAUCACUAUUAUUAGUUGCUGUGGUUUAAAUUGAUAUUAUUUAUUACGUAAAACUGAUAUAAUUAAAUGCAUACGUCGUUGUAUGAACUCACGGAAACAGACGUUUAGUAGCGCCUCAUUUAAAUGUGCUUUUUUGAAGAAUGUAAAAUUAUCGGAUAAACAUUCCAUUGUCGUAAAGUUAAUUUAUUUGACACACCACACAUUCUUCAUUAUUAUUUGCCGUACUAUUCUGAAUAACGAGCAAUUAAUAGUAAUCUACAUGUAGCAAACGUUCGAAUUAAAACAUUCCACCUUACCUCACGGAUUUCUAAGACACUAAACUAGACAUUAACAUUGAUCUCAAACUAGAUGGUCUAAACCUAAAACUAUCUUGUCAACAAGGACAAAAAUUACAACAGUUCUUACAAUAUUAUACGUUUGGGUUUGGUGAUAAAUUUUUUAAACCUAUUUUUUACAUUAAAGGCAGAAAAGUGAAUCACCAUAAUGAAGUGGUUGUAACAUUCUCGUUUCAUUACUACAACUAAAUACGGUAACCUCAGUGAUUGCGUUUCCUUUUGUAAACAAGAAAAAAAGGGCAAAACAGCAGUACAGGCAUAAUAAUGAAGGCAAGCCUCCCAAAGAUCUGAAUGCGUCGUCGCGUCUUUCUUGCGCAUCGUAGAGCGCUCCAAAAAGGUACUAUAUUAUUAAGCAACUGAAUUAUAACACACUUAUGAUACUGAUAUUGAUAUGUAUUUGAAGACAAGUAAUAAAACAACAGAACAAGCU